AUGCUCACGACCCGAGCCGUGGAGGAGCGGCUGGCCUUCCUCGGGCCGGGCGCUUCUGCCCGCUCCGCCGCGCCGCUGGGCCGCCGCUGCGCGGCUGCGACGGGCGCCCUCGCGUCCCUCGGCUGCCAGGGGCAACGCUGCCAGGAGGCGGGGCGCACACGACGGAGCCGGCCUGGGCGAGGGCCCGAUACGCACGCGAGGCGCUCCAAGAAGAAGGUUGCCUCGGCCUGCUGGGCGCCAUCCUCGUGGCCGCAGGACCGCUUCCCGCUCGAGCCCGCGCCCAGCUGCUUCCCCUGCUGGUGCUCCUCGGAGGGCGAGCUCAGAUCUUGCGGCGUGGCCGCGGACAUGAAGUAUUCUGUCCUGAGCUUGGCGCAAGCAGGUAUCACUCACAUUCGCCCAGGGGCCUUCUCGCCUUCCACCUUUGCUUCCAGCCCGAACAUGUUUUCCGAGGCCAGCCUGAGAGGGAACAGGCUGAGAACGAUGGAGAUUGGCACCUUCCAGCACAUGACAGAGCUCACCUGGCUCGACUUACGAGACAAUGGGCUGGAUGCCAUUGCCCCUGGUGCAUUCGACGGGCUCGAGCGUCUACAGCAUCUCCUGUUGGACAUCAGCGCAGAAUUCCAAGACGGAGCAUCGCAGUGCACCCUCCCGCAGUGCAAGCUGCCCCCUCUGAAGGCGGGCGUCUUCCGGGGCCUCUCCCAACUGCGGACCCUGGGGCUCUGCAGCUGGAAGGGCCAGAGCUGGUUCUACACGGGCGUGCCUUCUGUGGAGCCAGGUGUCUUCUCGGGGCUCGACAGCCUGGAGGUCCUCAGGAUGCACGGGGCCUUCGACGAGCCCUUCUGGCAGGCCGCGGGCGGGCGCCUGCCCCCCGGGCUCUUCGCUGGCCUGGGGCGGCUGCGCGUGCUGGUGCUGGGCAACGCCAGGCUCCCGCGCCUGGGCCCGGAGGACCUGGCCGGCACGCCCGGCCUUCGCGGCUUUCUUCUUCCAGACCUACGGGAUAAUCCUCUGUACCAGGUGCAGCCCGGCACGUUCCAGGGCCUCGCGCAGCUGCGCCUUCUGGACAUGUCCCGGUGCGGCCUGGUAGACCUGCAGCCCGGUACCUUCGCGGGCCUGGCGGAGCUGCGCCACCUCAGUUUGAGCCAAGGCUGCUUCCGACAGCUGCGCGCUGGGGCGUUCGCGGGCCUGGAGAACCUCGAGGAGUUGGACCUCUCCAGCAACGAAUUCCUCGCGUUGGUGGCGCCAGGCGCCCUGGAUGAUCUGAGCAGCCCUCCUCUGCAGUCUCUGAGCCUCAAAGGGACGCCCUUACAGGGCGCGGUGGAGAGGUGCGCGCCCUGGGACAGCACUGCAGAGCACUGCAGUGACAGCUUUCUGGCACUGUGGAGGCUGACGCGUAAUUUCUUCAGCGAUGUCUUCGUGAAUGGCCUGGGGUGCUCCGAGGUCAGUCAGCUGUGCGGCAACGACCAGUCCAUGACGCAGGCGGGUUGUCCAGUUACCUGCGGCCUGUGCGACGCCGUCGCGGCCGACGCCUCUCAAGCCGACGGCUGCGAAGACAGGGACUGGGUGUUGGAUUACGUGAUGGUCUUAAUGGUAGGACUUGAGCUUCCGUUGGAUGUACCUGGCGCACCUGGUUCCACCUCGCCGCUCAGCACCUGGAGUACCUGUGCAGACGUGGCUGCCGCCGGGGCCUGCGAUCACCCUUUCUGGCUGGAGGCCGCGACGCUACUCUGCCCGGUUGCAUGCGGCCUCUGCGAUGCGUAUAGGCAGCGUAGUUGCACAGAUUUUGCAUUCUUUGCUGGUCCUCUUGGAGAUUUAUCGAGGCUUUGCAGUGGACCGUACUUUGAACCACUAUGUAGCGAUCUGGGCCCUCUCGGGGACCUUGCCCGCCUCCUGUGCCCGAGCACUUGCGGCGAGUGCUCAGCCGUCGCGGGGGUGUGCGAUGGCGCCGCCGACAGCCUGACGCUGGGCGAGGGGAUGGAGUUUCUGAACGCCGGUGUGCAACAGGGCUCUGAGAUUACGAACGGGUCCGAGGCCUAUGCAACUCCAUUGCCCUAUGCAAUCUCGCUGUUCCAGCUAGAUCACCGAUGUGACCCUUCAGGUUCAUUCGAUUGCGGAGACCGAGACCCUGAUUUUGUGAGCGAUUGCGCGGCACAGUGCUGGGAAAAGUUCGCAGCCAGCAUUGGUUUCGAUUUUUUUAUGUACGAACCAUCUCACGGUCGGUGCUACUGGGCGUUAGCAGCGGCUUGUGUGAGCGAGAGCCUGCAUCCUCAGCAAGGUUGGCACGUGUGGCGCAUCGAGCAGCUGCUGCCUACGCCAGUGUAUAUCUACCAGUCUGUGCCUGAAUACAUUGGAUGCUACGUUGACGACUACUAUAGCCGAGUGUUCAACCAGGGUCCUAUGAAUUACGGCUACACCGUAUUCUCGUGUUCGGGAGCUUGUGCCGGCGUGCCCACAACACACCUGGCACUGCAGGACGGUGGACAGUGCUGGUGCGGCAGCGCCGAGAAUUUGGGCAACGCGCCAUACCUACAAACUGCCAACGGCGAGUGUGGCGAGCCAUCGCUCGAAUACGGAAUACAAACCACCGACGGCCCGCAGCCGCAGAGAGGUGGUGGAGCCUUGAGAAAUGCAGUCUACACGCUUCCGUCGGUCUCCACACCGACUUCAGGCGGGCCCGGCAUGGACGAACACGGACCCAGGCGAGGCCCACAGCGGCCCUGA